GACCACAACAAUUAUGGCUGUCAAGAAAAAAGCCAAUUUUCUGAAUAUUUUCUCCGAUUUUGACUACUUCACUGGACGAUUUUUUGUUGAAUUUGCCAUAGAUUAGGGUCUCUUUCCUCUAGUAAAAUUGUCUCAACGCAGCCAACAUGGAUCGGGAUGUUAUUCCACCUCCUCCAGGGUUUGGAAUUGAUCAGGACGGUUUGUCAAAGGCUGUUCUCCAGUUGGAUAACCGUCGUGUUCGACAAAUUCUGGACUCUGGUGUCAGUCCAAAGUGUGUUAACGAGGAAAAUGAGACAUUACUUCACCAGCUGAUCAAGCAGACUAACCAACACACCCUUCUCAGACACAAAAAUCUCCGGCAGUUGGUGUGUAUGCUUAGGCACGCUGGGAUAGAUAUUAAUCAUCGUGAUCAGGAUGGCAACACAGCUCUUCAUCUUGCGCUUAUCCACCUCCCAGAAUGCCAGGAUCUCGGCGAAGUUCUCCUCCAGGGUGGUGCCGACCCUUACAUCAAUAAUAAGGAAGGCCUAGCACCAGAAGACCUAAUCUUGUCACAGAAAAUUCCAGAUGAUGGGAAACAGUCUUAUCAAAAAUAUCUGCCGGGUUUGUGGAAAGCAGUUGAGAUGGACAGCAUCAUGAGCGUGAGGAAACUGAUCAAUCUGUGGUGCCGGGUAGAUUUGCAUAGGGGUGAUAAGACACUGAUGCAUCUUGCCCUAGAGAAAGGGACUGAGAAUAUCAUCAGAAUCAUCAAGGAGAUUGGGCCAUCGAUGGAGCUGGCACACAGCGUCUUGGCCGCUGACGUCAAAUCAACAAAAAUGCUGUGCAAUUCUUGUAAAAAUAUCAAUACAGAGUUUAAAAAUUUGGGUGAAAAUGGUGCUACCCCACUGUUCUAUGCCAUAAGACAAAACAAUCAUGAACUCGUGGACACCUUGCGGGCCAAGGGGGCCAGAGUGGAGACGACGAUCAUUGUGGAAGAAGAGGUAAAGUACUUGUAUAGCACAUUACUUGGAGAGGGUCGGAUGACCAAAAGACAUUAUGAACUGAACAAUAUGGAUAUGCCAAUUUUCUUCUCAGCGCUGCAGUCAUCGACGUCACCUGAAGUAAUACAGAGACUGAUACCGACUGAAAAGGAUUACAUUUCCAUGGCACAACUAAGAUUUAAGGGUAAACUUCCACUGUUCUCAUGUAUAGAGAAUGACGUGAAUUUUGAGAGUGUAAAAGUGAUUAUCGAACAGGGUCCUGCUGAGCUUAUUACCAGCAGAAAUGAGUUCACGCUGACACCACGUGAUGUUGCAGAGGAACACAGGAAGCUGCAGUACAUGGAUGUGAUUGAUGAAUAUGUGCAUGCUAAGUGCUUCUGUGAUGAUCCGAGUUACAGGAUGACGCUGGCUCUCCAGGGAUAUGAUCGCAUCUUGGAUGCCAUGAAGGAAGGUUUAACAGUGUUAGAACGCAGGCACCAGGAUCCAUCAGUGUCUGCCGAAGCCAUAGAAUUCAUCGACAAUCUCCUACUCUACCAGGAUCAUGUCCAGGAUUUCCACGCAGCGGUCGAAGAUUCCGAUCUGGAAACAACAAGGCGUUUGUUGUUAUUUGACAACCAAGAGUUACAGAAUACAUUCAAGUGCUGCAUGACGGACUCCAGAGCUCUUUGUGAUCCACAGCCACCUCUCCAUAAAGCAGUACUCAGGAGGAACCAUGACAUGGUGGCAUACUUGGCCCAGAGUCAUCUCAAGUUUGCUAAAACUAAAUUGGAUGAGAGCAGAGACCAGUGUUACCGGACGGCCCUACAUUACGCUUACGGUCUAGCAGAUGAGAAGUGCAUUCCAAACAUGCUGCUUGAUUUAGGCGCAUCAGAAUUCACGAUGGACAAAGAUGGCCGCUCACCACUUUCAUUUAGAGAUAAACGGAAGUCGACUAUGAUGAAAAAUCACAUAAAGAUGCAUUUAAAAAAGGACUUUAGUAUGGAAGACCCUGCUCUAUGGAAACCAACCUCCCUCUAUCUACACUACGUCAACUGCCCCAAUGCCACGAAAAACCAGUUGGGAUCCGGUAGCGACACGGAAUAUGCUGAGGAGGGUGAAUACGAUUAUGAUGCUGAUGAUUACACGGAUGGUGAGGAUGAUGCUUACGAUGAUGAAGAAGAAGUGCCGGUGGACGGGAUGCGAGAAUACCCAUCGAGUAAUAGCUAUUGUUCAAUACUGUAACAUUCAUUUUUCAUCUUGUGCGGUCGGAACUUUUGAGAUGGACAGUCGGUCUGUUUUCGGUAACAAAUUCGGCUGUCCUGGAGAGUUCUGCCACUGAGCCCCAUAGCUUUGUGGUCAGGGUAGUGUCCUUUUGCACCUUAAUUUUAGGUCUCAGUUUUGUCUUUUAUGUGCCAGAAGAGUGUAUAAUUGAAAAACAAAGAUAUAACGAUGUAAUUUAUAUCAGAGGAACUAAAAGACAAAAGUUUGUUGUACAUGUAUAUACCUCUAUUAUACUUUUACCACUUAUAGUGCAUUUGUUUUAUAAUAUUGAAUACCUUGGUAUGUCAUGCUUAAAAUGCCAUGUGCUCUUCUUGUUCCUUUGUUGUGAAAACCUAUGUUUCCUUUUACAGUGCAUUUUUUUAUAGUUAUUUAUAUUACCUAAUUAUACAGUGUAUACAUUGUAUGUAUGUGUAUUGUGCAAUAGUAUAUAUAGUUGUGAAUACCUUAUGAUAUUUUGCUCAAAGUUGCAUGUAUUUUUGGGCAGAUCUGUAUUUUUACUUCAAAUAACAACAAGUUUAUUCUGCCAUUUUGAUGUUUCUCCUAAACUUCUUAAAUUGCCUGAAAACUGACGUUAUCAAUGACUAUUUAUUCGCCAGCUCUUUUAGUGCCUGGAUUUCCAUGGAAUGACCAACAGUUGGCUGGAUUUUCAAGGUCAGCAUUGGCAGUUCAAUAGAAGCAAUACUCCAGCUGCAGCUUCAUGGCACUAACUGUCCAUAGGGUGUUGUAUUGUUUUGACAGAGGCGGUAAGAAAUGAAGACAAAAAUAGUUUGUACUAAAAGCUUUACAGAUUUUGGUGUAGAUAUAUGUACAUACAGUAAAACACUUGUAAUAUCAACUGCCAUUACAUAAGGUUUUGAAUCUUCAAUUGCAGUUUCUCAAAGCAACCAAAAUUGUAUAGACCUACUAGUGUGCAACUAGUUUAUUGAGCUGACUGGUUGUUGCACUUGUCUUGUGAGUCCUGUGUUCUCACGGUUUCUUCUAUGCUCCCCUUUUGUUGUGUUCAGCAUCAGGAAUUUUCUAGUCCUCAGUGUGCUUUGGAUGAAUUUGCAUAAUCCAUUUUCUGUUAUAUUCAAUUUCAUUGCUUUUUUGCACAAUGUGUACACAGCUCAUCAUUAGUUCAAUCGAACAACUACAGUGGAACAUUUCUCUGAAGGACACGCUCUUGACGGACCAGUGCUGUCCUUCAUAUAGUGCUGCCCUGAUGAGAGAGGUCAGGGUGAAUGGUAACGGCCAGUUUGGCACCAAAACUAGUGUCACGUCCUUGACUUGAGAGAGAGAGGGUGUCCUUAAUAGAGAGGUGUCCACAAAGGAAGGUUCCACUGUACUAGGUAGUACCUAAAUCUUAGGAGCAGACAUUUGGAUAUCCUUUUUAUGUUGUAAAAUUUGUUAACAAACAUAUUAACAUAUACAUGUAUUUAGAAUUUCAUGAUGUACAUGUACAAUGGCAAAGAACUGAUAUGUUAGGAUGUACUCGGAGUGUAAGAGGUAAAAUCUCACAUGUGUUUAUGGUUGUUACUGAGAUUGUAAUUUUCAUCAUAUGAAUAAAACAUAUUUAUUUUCUAAA